AUGGGGAUCAGGGGGGGUGCUGCCCGACGCCUGUUUGGAGAUAGGCAGAGGCUGGAUCCUUGGUAUAUCACAGACUCAGAUUCCGAUGACAUAGCAGCUGGUAUAAGGGAAGAUGGCAGGGAUGAAGGAUUUGAAGCGGACGACGAUCCGCUCUGCACUAGCAUUCACUUCUCGGCAGCAGAAGAGCGACAAUUUUGCAGGGAAUGGCGUUCAGCGUUGGUCGUCAAGGCUCUAGGUCGGUCGGUGUCGUACACUGGCAUCUCGAAACGGCUGAACGAUCUGUGGGCUAAGGCGGGCGGAAUCCAAGUCUCGUCGGUUAAGAAUGGAUAUUACUUGGUUUGUUUCACGAGCGGGAUUGACUACGAGCGUGCUCUAACGGGUGGACCAUGGAUGAUGGGAGACAACUACCUCACGGUCCAUAUGUGGGAUAAGCAUUUCCGACCCUAG